CUUUUUUGUGUCGUUUUCCUCUGAGUAAAGACCAAAUCAAUUAUUUUCCUUCUUUCUUGGACUUUCGGACACAACCAAACAAAACUCAUUCAUCCCGACCACAAUCUCUCCACUUCUCUUCUCAUCUUAUCAUUUUCUCACCUUGUUCUUCCUCUUAUGUCGGGGAUCUCACCACCACUCUGCAAUUAUUAUACUAUUAUAUCUAUUCCAUUUCCUUGCAUUUUCUCCCUUUCUUUUUUAACUAUUAAUCUCUUUUUUCUUCAGCCUUAAUUGCAGACAUUUUCCCAUGAACAUUUCUUCUACUUUUUUGCUUUCCGUGAUGUUUACUAUUACACUACUCCGGUAGUGAAGAAGCUGUACGUCUUAGCUCUGACUCAUCAUCUUCUUCUUCAGAGAUUUCAUAUUUUUGAUCAACAAAACAAAAUAAAAAAAUGGCAAAGGAGCACAGUGGAUCACCCAAAAUUCAUCAGCUUGAAUCCAAAAGGAAGCGUCUAACUUGGAUCUUCGGGGUGAGUGGCCUCUGCGUUUUGUUCUAUGUUUUGGGAGCUUGGCAGAAUACGGCUCCUCCCAUCAAUAGAACCGAGGCCAACAGUAAAGUCGGUUGUGAUAUUGCGACCCCUUCAGCAGCCAAUGCUGAUGCAUCGUCACUGUCAUCCUCAUCGCCGCUCUUGGACUUCAACAGCCAUCAUCAGAUUGAACUUAACAACACGAACACAGUCGCCACAUUUCCGCCAUGUGAGAUGUCGUACAGCGAGUAUACGCCUUGCCAACACCCGCCGAGGGGGAGGAAAUUCGACAGGAACAUGUUGAAAUACAGAGAGAGGCAUUGCCCUGAGAAGGAAGAAUUGCUGUUUUGCCUAAUACCCGCCCCUCCGAAAUAUAAGACCCCUUUUAAGUGGCCUCAGAGCCGCGACUAUGCGUGGUAUGACAAUAUUCCCCACAGAGAACUCAGCAUUGAGAAGGCUGUUCAGAACUGGAUUCAAUUGGAGGGUGACCGUUUCAAAUUCCCUGGGGGAGGCACCAUGUUCCCACGUGGAGCUGACGCGUAUAUAGAUGAUAUAAACGAGCUAAUUCCUCUCACCGAUGGGACCAUCAGGACCGCAAUUGACACAGGCUGCGGAGUUGCAAGCUGGGGUGCCUACCUAUUGAAGCGCGACAUUCUAGCAAUGUCAUUCGCACCGAGGGAUACACACGAAGCACAAGUCCAGUUUGCACUGGAGAGAGGAGUUCCUGCUAUGAUCGGUGUGAUGGCUUCUCAAAGACUUCCUUACCCAGCAAGGGCUUUCGACAUGGCUCAUUGUUCGCGUUGCUUGAUACCGUGGCAAAACUAUGAUGGUCUAUAUCUAAUUGAAGUGGACAGAGUCUUAAGACCUGGUGGUUACUGGAUUCUCUCUGGUCCUCCUAUUAAUUGGAAGAAAUACUGGAGAGGAUGGGAAAGGACUCGAGAAGAUUUAAAGAAAGAACAGGAUGCUAUCGAGAACACAGCCAAACGUUUGUGUUGGAAGAAAGUGGUUGAGAAGGAGGAUCUUUCAGUUUGGCAAAAGCCCCUCAAUCACAUUGACUGUGUUAGAAGCAGGAAGAUGUUUAAAACACCACACAUUUGCAAAUCAGACAAUCCAGAUGCUUCAUGGGCCAAAGAAAUGGAAGCUUGUAUAACCCCUCUGCCGGAGGUAAGCAGCUCAGAUGAAGUUGCUGGUGGUGCAGUACAGAAAUGGCCCGAGCGGGCCUUUGCAGUUCCUCCUAGAAUUGCCAGUGGUUCAAUACCGGGGAUCAAUGCUGACAAAUUCAAGGAAGACAACGAAUUAUGGAAGGACAGAAUAUCACAUUACAAGCAUAUCAUAAACCCUCUAGGCCAAGGCCGAUAUCGUAAUGUGAUGGACAUGAAUGCGUACCUUGGCGGAUUUGCUGCGGCCCUGACGAAAUAUCCAGUGUGGGUUAUGAAUGUAGUGCCUGCCAAUUCAGAUCACGACACGCUUGGCGUAGUCUUCGAAAGAGGCUUUAUCGGGUCAUAUCAAGACUGGUGCGAGGCGUUUUCGACAUAUCCGAGAACAUACGAUCUCAUCCAUGCUGGUGGAGUGUUCAGCAUAUAUCAAGACAGGUGUGACAUAACGCACAUUCUGCUGGAGAUGGAUAGAAUUUUACGACCAGAAGGGACAGUUAUAUUCAGGGAUACAGUUGAGGUUCUUGUGAAGAUUCAGAGCAUAACAAAUGGGAUGAGAUGGAAGAGUCAGAUUAUGGACCAUGAAAGUGGACCGUUUAAUCCUGAGAAAAUUCUUGUUGCUGUCAAAACUUACUGGACGGGUGAAAUUUCUCAAAAGCAACUCUAGUAUAGUACAAUUAUGUUCAAUUUUGUUCUUGUUUUGAUGAAAUUAUGAGUUUUGUGAUGAAGAAACUGGAGAAGAUAGAAAACUAGAAGGAAUUACAGGCAGAUUUAUCCUUACUGUAAUUACACAAUAAAAAAUUACAGUUCUUUUCGCACUUA